GUCGAAGAGCUGCAGUUUCACGAGAACGACGCCAUUCCAAAGAGGGACCAAAAAUUAAAUAGCUUCAAAUAAUCGUUCGUCCUUUGUAGUGAAUCUUAGUGUGAUCUAGGAUCAUCCCGCGAGAAAAAGAAAGACGUAAGAGACCGGAAGAAUGUUCACGGCUGGGAUCGUCACGUUGCUAGGCGCGAUCGCGCUGACACACGCUGCAUUUAAUUGUCCCAGCAAGGACGGCCAAUACGAGGACAACAAGCAAUGCGACAAGUAUUACGAUUGCAACGACGGCAUCGCGACAGAAAAAUUAUGCCCGGAUGGUCUUGUAUUCGAUCCUCUCAAUCGCAAGGUCAACAAAUGCGACCACGUAUUUAAUGUCGAUUGCGGCGAUCGACUCGAAUUACAACCUCCGCAACCAACGAAGAAGUGUCCACGACGAAAUGGCUUCUUUGCGCAUCCCGAUUCGUCGGUAUGCAAUGUCUUUUUCAAUUGCAUCGACGGAGAAGCGAUCGAGAUCACCUGUACCACCGGGCUACACUUUGAUGAGUACUCUGGAACUUGCGUGUGGCCUGAUAGCGCUGGCCGCGAGGGCUGCGGAGUCUUGAGUAAAAAGCUGAAGGACGGUUUCGAGUGUCCGAGCGAGGCUCCAGUGGACAACAGGGGGAUGCUCAUCGACCAUCCUAAGUUCGCGCAUCCCGAUGAUUGUCAGAAGUUCUACGUGUGCUUAAAUGGCGUGACACCUCGCGAGCAAGGGUGCAGCGAUGGCACCGUCUACAACGAGGAGCAGCAGAGGUGCGACGUACCCGAAAAUGUCCCCGGAUGCGAGGACUGGUAUAAAGACGACGACAAGAAGCCAUGAAGAAAUCAUCGGUGCUCAUCUGUCCCGCAUCGGGACAUUUCAUGUUUCACUCUAAUCGUGUCACCCCCCCUCACUCAACGAGUAAUCCCAUUGUGUGUGUUUAGCCAUUUGAGUGUCUUGAAAUACAUUUUAUUUUUACUUUA